UAAAACAAAAACAAAGCUAGAAUAGAGACAAGAUCUAAGCUCUAGCUUCUUGUAUCUGUCUUUCUCUCUCUGGAUUCCAAUUCUCUCCCCUCUUUCUCUCUUGCAUUUCUCUCUCACACCCUGGGAGAGGAGAGAAAAGAUCAACCCUUCCAAACCUUCAUAUAUCUCUGUCUCUCUCUCUCCCAAUUUCUCAAAGUAACAUUUCAAGCAUCCCAUAAAACAAAAAACCACAUUGAACAAAACCAACCUCGAAGAAUUAAGAAAGAAACAUAGGUGGCCGGUAGCUUCACAUAUAACCAAUAUAGAGCUAGCUAGGUAUAGGCCUAAAAAUUAUCAUGAUGCUCAACAGCGGAGUCCUGGACGGAGUUCAUGAGGUGGCGGUAGGAGCUCAGAGAGGCGGCUCCCACCACCACCACCACCACCAGCGGGGCCUCAAGAAGGGGCCCUGGACGGCCGCAGAGGAUGCGAUUUUGAUUGAGUACGUGAAGAAGCACGGAGAGGGAAACUGGAAUGCGGUGCAGAAGAAUUCAGGGCUGGCUAGAUGCGGUAAGAGCUGCAGGCUCAGAUGGGCUAACCAUCUGAGGCCUAAUCUGAAGAAAGGCUCACUCUCUCCUGAGGAGGAGAAACUCAUCAUCGAGCUUCACGCUAAGUUCGGCAACAAAUGGGCUCGCAUGGCUUCUCAGUUACCCGGCAGGACUGACAAUGAAAUAAAGAACUACUGGAAUACUAGAAUGAAGCGUCGCCAGAGAGCCGGUUUGCCAGUUUACCCUCGUGACCUUCAACAAGAAGCACCGGCUGCCGCCUUCCAGUACCACCACCAACUUAGACAUUCUUCUUCGUCUUCUGCUUCUUCAUUCUCAUCACUCCUCUCUUCCUCUCAGCCUUGGGAACCUAACAAUUUCAGUCCCUCGCAGCUUUCUCUUUACGACCACAUCACAAGUACUUUCUCCUCCACCUCAGACCACCAAAACCCUAAUAACAAUUACUUUCUUCAAAACCACCACCACAUUUCUUCUUCUCUUUACUCCAAUCCCAUGACUCAAUUCCAUGGAAAUGGUGGCUUUGCUAUGCCUUUGUCCCCGGUUUCUCCAUUCGGGUCGUCAUCGUCUUCAGCUCUCUUCAACCAAAGCAACAUUCCAAACCAAGCCUUAAUAGGUCAGUACAGUUCUCAUGGAGGGUUUGGUGGUUACAACAAUCUUAGUCUGAGCUCCAUGAUCAUGGGGACUCCUACUUAUGACCCAACCCCUUUGGUUCAAGGGUCCAAAGAGCUCCCUUCCAACCAAACACUGCUGAGUAUUAAUGGCCUCGGUGAGGGUCAGAUGGGGGGCUCAGGCUAUACCACUGGAGAUCACUAUGAAAUUGCACCUGUGCCGUCCCAAGGGAAUAGUGGUCUGUUGGAUGAUGUUUUGGUGGAGGCUCAGAAUAAAUCGAAUAAGAAAGCAAAGAGUGGCAACAGCUGUUCGUCAGGGUGGUCCCGUAAAGAGAAACGUCUUAUGGUGGAAGAGGAGGAAGAGGAGGGGCAAGAGUCAGCUGAGAAGGAGGCCGAAGACACCGUGCAGGUUGAAUCGAAGAGUAGCGGCGAGAAUAGUGCUGACAAUCAGAGGGAUGGUAGCUCCUCUCCGUCAGCAAUUGGCAUGAAACAAAAUGAGGAUCCAUUAGAGGAGAUGGAUGAUGACUUGUUGAGCCUGCUCAACUUUCCCUCUGCACCUGCAGUGUCUGAGUCAUGGUACGUGCAAGGAUGCAUGUCUAACCGGGCAUCGAUGUCAGGUGUCGUUACUAGUGACAAUGUGAGUCUAGAGAUUCAGCAAAAUGCACCAUUGACACCAUCAGUGAAGACCAACACUGCGGCAGCAUCCGAAGUUAAGCGCUCCCUAGGUUCUUGCUACUGGAACAACAUGCCCGGCAUAUGCUGAGAAUUGAAAGCUUCAUGUUGAGAUCAUCUGCUUCAACAGACUAGAGAUAGUGAGAGUGUCCAUACAUAUGUGUACUGACGAGGACUAGAGCUUAGUGUGCAUAUGGUUAAUAUGCUAGAGAGUUUCACUAGGCUAGUGAAUCCGUCUCGCGGGUUUUAUCUUGUUAGUUAGCUAGAGUUUUCAUAAUUAGGGCUAGUUAUUCUAGCAGUAAGGAAGACAAAAAUUGUCUUAGGGUUAAUGAAACUUCU